CUCCUUCAAAUGCCCUACUGUUUCUCCACUCGUGCCCAUACAAUCCCCCUCCUUAGUCCUUUUGCGUCAUAGACUAGUCAAAAACAUUACCAAAUAAAGUGAGUUAAAGCGAUCCUAAUUCGGCAGACUUAGAACACGGCAUACAUCCAGUGCGAAAAUAACAACAUAUAAAGUAGGUUAAGCGUGUGUCAUGUUCUAAAUGUUUUAGAGCUUUAUAUCGAUACGCACUCACUAGGAUGACGGAUCCGACGCUGGAUUAUUUCAUUAAUCUUGGGCAAAUACAAGAAGAUGAUGCUUCACACAUCCAGUGGUCCCAUGCGACCAACAGCAAGCACAAGGUCGUAGCUGCUUUGAAUGGACCUUGUCACAUGAUUGAGGCGGACAUACUCAUGAGAGGAAAUGAGCCCAAAGAGCCAAUUAUGGCCCAUCCUCCCAUGAGGGACAGUGACAUCACACUGCAGGAGUGGUUGGAAGAAGUGAAGAAGCAGAACAACAAGGGGAUCAAACUGGACUUUAAGAGCCUUGAAGCUGUGGUUCCGUCGUUGGCCUUGUUGGAGAAAGUGUCGGGGGACUGGGGGGCCCCGAUGUGGCUCAACGCAGACAUCCUCCCAGGGCCCCAAGGCACGACCACCCCACUGGAGGCUCAGGCCUUCCUGGACGCGGUGGGCUCCGGGGCCUCUCCCGUCGUGGUGUCCCUCGGAUGGACCACAGGCUGGUCUGCUGAGACAGACAAUCCAGGUUACAGCUGGGCCAUGGUGCGUCAGAUGGAAGAGGCGUGCCGGGGCUUGCGUCAUCCGGUCACCUUCCCAGUGCGAGCCGCCCUGCUAGCCAAGUCCUUCGACCAGAUGAAGUGGCUGCUGCAGCAGUCAGACAGGUAUUCUCUCACUGUAUGGACUGGCCAAGAGGAUGUGUUUGCUGUCGAGGACCUACUGCCAUACCGAAGACAUUUUGGGAGGAGUAAAAUCUAUUAUGACCUACCGGACUCGGAAAGAUUAGAGCUAUGCAAUGCUUAAGUUUCAAAGAAAUGCAAUGAAAUUAAACUGACAUUCCACACAAA